AUGGCGGUUGACGCCCUUGCGAUUGUGGCGUCUGCCCUUGCAGAAGCCAGCCCAGGAGGGGCCCCGAGGGGCCAGGUACCAGCCCUGCUCCGGGCCGCCUCGGCGCUGGCUGGGCGCGAAACUUCCUCCCGCCCCUCCCGCGAGCGGCGUGCACAGCAGCGCCGUUCCCACGACCCGAUGUAUCGCCCGCCACCUGGUCGCGCCCCUGCGUGUCUGCGCCCGUGGCAGCAGCAGGCGUACUCAGGCCCCGCAGCACCGUUGGAGUCUGUGGGAGGACUCUCCCCCUGUCGGACGAGCUCUUCGCCCGAGGAGAGCCUCCUGCGGUUGGGCGGGCUCCCAGGGGUUGACCUGGCCCUCUACCCCUCCGGGUCGAGGUCUCGUCUCCCUGCAGCCCGGUUUGGAUUUGUGAGUAGCCCCCCUUGCCGUCCCCUCCUUGCUUGCCGUGCGACGUUUUUCCCUUUCUGCUGCUCACCUUCCGGGUAUUGCUGUCUCCCUGCCCCUCCCCGUCCCGCCCUCCCACUUUUCCCACAGCAUCAGCCGGUGCCUGGCCUCGCACGCGGCUACUGGAACGACGACGAGUCGCGGGAGGUUGUGGCCCGAAAUCCGCAGCUGAGCGAGGACCAGCAAGGGCGGACGCGCCGUGCAGUGGCGAGUGCGCUGUGGGACGUUCUUCACUUGCCGCUUGAGCCGGAGGACCCCUUGCUGGAUGACGGACCUGGUGCUGCGGCUUUCCGCAUGGUAGCCACGGCUGCUGAGGAGUCGCCGAUUGGGAUCGUCCCUGCGCUCGCGAAUAUGCUCCGGUGGCUGGGGCGGCGGGUGGAGCGGAUGUAG